AGCACGCUCAUCACCCAAGCCCUCAUCGUCCUGGUGGGCUACCUCGUCUACCACCAGUUCAUCCGCAAACCCAAGCGCAACCUACCCCCGGGACCAAAAGGCCUCCCCCUCCUCGGCAACAUCCUCAACCUUCCCCCCAAAGGCGUCCCUACUCACGUUCACUGGAAGUCCCUCAAUGACAAGUACGGCCCCAUCGCCUCCGUCACCCUUCUGGGCCAGCCCAUGAUCUUCAUCGCAGACAGAGACGCCGCGCAGGAGAUCCUGGAGAAGAAGUCUGCGGCUUCGUCCGGCCGUCCCGCCUUUCCGUUUGGCGAUUACUGCGGCUAUGGAGACUUGCUAGCAAUGUAUCAGCUAGAGAAGAGGCUCACGGCGCAGCGCAAGGCCAUUCACAAGGCUGUUGGCACCAAGACCCUGGCAGCCAAGUAUGCCGACAUGCAGGAACUGGAGGCGGGACGGCUUCUGGUGAGGACGUUGGACGAACCUGACAAAAUUAUUAAGCACUUUGAAACCGAAGCCGGCGCAGUCAUCCUCAAGAUGGUCUAUGGCUAUAACGUCAACCCUCGCGGGCCAGACCCCCUGGUCAUCCUUAUCGACUGCAUGAUGGCCAACUUGUCCCGCGCGUGCGUCCCGUUCGCGCGGCCCAUCGACUUCAUCCCCGCCCUGAAGUGGCUUCCCGAUGGCUUCCCCGGCACCGGCUUCAAAGCCGAGGCGGCGCAAUACCGCGAAGAGAUCCGCGCCGUCAUCGAGGAGCCGUACAGGUUCGCGCGGAAGCAGAUGGCUGAGCACAACUUUACGCAGUCGUACGUGGCAAGGCUUGUACAAGAGUAUGCGAAUGAUGAGGGCGAGUUGAGUGAGGAGGAUGAGUACACCCUCAAGUGGUCUGCCGCAGCUCUUUACGCCGGCGGGGCGGACACGACCGUUUCGGUUCUCAUCAGCUUUGUCCUAGCCAUGACCCUAUUCCCCGAGGUUCUACGCAAGGCCCAAGAGGAAGUGGACAGAGUCACUGGCGGCACUCGCAUCCCCGUCCUCGCCGACAGGGAGCAGAUGCCCUAUGUCGAGGCCAUGGUGUCCGAAGCUCUCCGGUGGUGCCCCAUCUUGCCCAUGGGCGUUCCCCACGCCAUGUCGGAAGACAUGACCUACGGGGGCUACGACCUGCCCAAGGGGGCAUACAUCAUGCCAGCCGUCUGGACCUUCACGCAUGAUGCUUCCGUCUACGCCAACCCUGACGAUUUCAACCCUGAGCGCUUCCUUGCUCCGCGAAACGAGCCUGAUCCGCGCUGGGCCAUCUUUGGGUUCGGCCGACGCGUCUGUCCGGGACGGUUUCUCGCCGACUCUUCGCUGUUCCUCAACCUGGCGUGUCUCGUGUCUGUCUUUAACUUUGACAAGGCAAUGGACGACAGGGGCAAUGUGUUGGAGCCCAAGCUGGAAUUUGAGGCGGGCAUUAUCGCGAAGCCAAAGGCCUUUCCGACGAGAAUCACGCCGAGGAGCGAGAAGCAUGCGGAGCUGAUUCGGGGAUUCGAGAGGGAGCAUCCGUGGGAGGAGAGCGAUGCGGCGCAGCUGGGCAAAUUGCCGAUUCCCGAGUAUCAUUGAGUCG